AACUCGUUUCUCGAAAGACAGGAAGCAAGAACAGAUGUUUCUAUUGUUUUGUUUUCAAACUUCUCUGGAAAUUGUGUCACCCUGGCUGAGUGCAUAAAAACAAGGUGCAGAGGACAUGGGGGUCACAGUCUUGAUUAUUUUACCCCACAGGAGAGAUUCUUUGAAUCAAAGAAACAAAGCUUUGCCUCACUUCAGAGAUUCAGCAGGACUUACUUCUACCAUUCGAGACAAAGAUGAUGACUUCUGCAGUCCAGUGCAUCAUUAUCCUGGCAUGCACUGCCAUCCUAACUUCAUCAGGAGCCAAGGUAAUAUGCUGCUUAAACAAAACUAAGACUGUACGUGUACCUUUCUCUCACAUUGUGAGCGCCACAGAGUAUCCUCCUAGUCCAUACUGCAACAACAAAGAAGUCAUUAUUACACUGAAAAAUGGCCGCAGAGUAUCUCUGGACCCAAAUGAAAGAUACACCAAAGCAGUCCUAAAAUGGUUAAAGGCACGUGAUGCUGCGAAAAACACCAUUGCAUCGAAAGCGACUACAGCACCAGAGACACAGACAGCAUCAUAGACAGAGACAGCGUUAUCAACGAUAUCAACACAUAUUUUUUAAAUAAAACUCUAGCUCUUUCAGUUCA